AUGAGUAGCCGCAAGUCUUUAGCUUUCCAAGAAAUGACGAAACCAAACAACAGACUCAAAGAAAAAAGAGACACACAACUGAAAGACACUCAACCGCUCCGAAAAGAAAUGGAAAUGGACGACCCAUUCGUCGAAGACGCGGAGGUACGCCCGUCGAUAAGAAAAUCCGCUAUACCCCUUGACAAAAAAGAAACUCCAAAUUGGGUAACGGGGGAAGGCAAAGUGUCGGGACUUGAAAUAUUAAAGGGACUCACUACACAACAACUUGUUAUCUCAAACGAAGCGGAAAUAGUCUUGGACAAAAGUGAUAGCCAGAAAACUAUUAUAGCGGAACCUGGGGAUACAGCAAAGAGAAUCAAAUCAGUGGAUUUCCCACACGUGGAACGCAAACAGAAGACUCACAUUAUACAAGAACAAAAAAUGGAAGAAGAAAUACUCGACAAAGAGAAGGUCAACAAUGACAUAGCAGAAAAUGAAUUUCAGAUGGAAGAAGAAUCACUCACUGCUUCAAUGAUUCCAUUCCCAACAGAAGAUGUCGUUCAGAAAAUCGAAGAAAACAUCCCGAAACGAGAAACACAAAAGGACCAAUUAAGUCUUCGCAAAGAUCUUGCAACACAACCAAAAAUUAACGCCACUACUAAAAUCGUGAUCCCACAAAUGACCUGCCAUAAAGUACUUCCUCCUUCUUAUCAAUCCGACCUCAUUCGACAAGACCCAGACAUAUACUUUCAACUCAAUAUGAAUAAUGUUUAUAAAAAAAAGGGCGACGCUGACAAACAAACUCAACCCAACAUGGAACCACUCAAAAAUAAGGGUAAUGUCCCAAGUCCUGUCCAAACCCCUUUCCAAAAAUCAUUGGAGGGUAGCUCUUUACAAGAGAGGAUCAACACAAGAAAGAAUAAUUCAUGCAGUACACACACCACACCCAGUUUUACACGUACAAGUAGUUGUGGAAAUGGACCCAAUGUUGUACCAAAGAAGAGUACGACACUGCCAAAUUUUUGA